AUGGCGGGCGAGGCCGUCACGGCCAUGAUCGUGGCUGACGACGGCGGCGACGACCCCCUGGCGGACCGCCGCGAGGACCGGGAGGCGGCGGCGGAGCGGGAGAGGAAGGCGAAGGUGGCGAAGCUCAAGGCGCAGACGGCGAACGCGAUGGAGGUGGUGCGGACGCAGCAGGCCGCGAAGGAGCGGGGAGCCUUGGACGAGGCGGCUCUCACUGCGAACGAGGUCGCGGGAGCGCCGGUGAAGGGCACCUCCGCCAUGGUCAAGAGCAUCUUCGAUUCCCGACGCGAUGGCAAAGAUUGGAAGAUGGUGCAGCGGCGCGAGCAGCGGAAGACCCAGACCGGCGCGGGCACUGCCGCGCAGGUUCUGGCGGGUCUGGAGACGGUGGCGGCGUCGGCAAUGGAGAUGUACAAGAAGGACGGCGCCGACGCACUCACGGUGACGGAUGCGCACGCGGUGCUGGUGAAUGACGUGGCGCUGAAGCAGGGCAUGCUGGCCAUCUCGUCGAAGGCGAGGUCGAACUACCCGCAGUUCGUGUCGUGGCUGGCCACAUUUGCCACGUUUGUGCAGUGCUUCUUCCCCUGCGGCUGGCGGCACAAUUUGCCUAUAGAUGGGAGCGGAGGGAAGGCGAUUGCCAUCCAGCCGAAGCUGGUGGUGCUUUACCUGGCGAUGGUUGCCAACGGCUUGGUGCCGAUGGGCGGGUUGGAUCCCUAG